AUGAACUCUUUUACAUCAGCUUCUUCUUCCAUUUCUUCCAUUUCAAGAAAUAGCCAAAUAUUACCAAAUUAUUUUUUCCAGAGUGGAUCUCUAAGUGAAGGACUGGGAAAUAUCCCAGUUGAUCAUGAUGAAGAAUCAAAAGUUACAAUACCUGGGCAAUCUAUUAAAUCUUUCAAUUCUAGCCAAUUAUCAAAUGAUCAUAUUAGAUAUAGCCCAGUUCAUUCAUUGACAGGAGCUCCAAUAUAUAAUAGUAUUAGUAUGGGAAGUGAUGAAUAUAAGGAAAUGUUGAGGAUGAGUAAUGAAUUAAGAAAAAGCCAAGAAUUUGAAAGAAUUCAAGGUAGAGCACCACCUGAAAUGUAUAAAUCACCAAAAAAUUCAUGUAUUCUUAGCAAAUGUGAUAUUCCAGAAGUUUUAGGAGAUUGUUACAAAGUUGAAAAAACCAAUACUUUAGCGGACAGAAAACAACUAAAUGCUCCCAUUUAUGUUAAAGAAGAAAAAGUUCUCAAUUCCAUUAGUAAGAAUGUUGUUAAUAAUAUUCCAUAUUCUCAAGUUUACAACUCAAAUAAUAAUGCGAAUCAACCUAGUGACCAAUUGAAGUCUUUGUUUAGUAUUAAAUCUUCAGAAAUAAAAGAGCCCAGUAAUAAAGUGAAAGAGAAUGCCUUAAUCCAGGAAUUUAAAAAUAAUAAUGUAUCAAUACCUAAAAAACCAUUCAUUAAUAAUGAAUUUUCCCCAAUUACUUGUAUGAAUAAUACGUGUUCGAAUAUUAAAGGAGCAAUCAAUAUAUUAGGAGUUACAGGGAAGAUAUUUAUGGAUGUAUUAUUUCAUUUAGUCAAUGCUUUUGAUUUAGAUACAAAAGAAACUUCCAAUAAUAGUAAUAAUAAAUUUGAAAAUAUGCCUCAUUUCCCUGUUUCAUCAAUAGGAAUACCACCAGAUACCGUAAUUCUUCAGUGUUUUGAUUGUGGGUUAAUUUACUAUACAGAUUUACCAUUAAACAAACAACAACUUGGUACUAUUGGUAUUUUAGAUCCAAAACCUAUAGAGUUUGGUCAACCAGAUUCUGAAGAAAUUAUAUAUGGAAUAUCAAAUAGAAACUCUCCAUAUUAUUGCUGGGGAAAUUUGGAACCCAGAGACUUGUCUCCAAACCAAAUUGAAUUCUUAAAAAAGAUUGAUCUUAGAAAACAAAACCGAUUUUCACACCAAGAUCUUGUUGAUUUAUAUUAUUAUAGAUUUCGUAAAGAUAGAAGAUAUGAAGAAAAUUUUCCAAUUUAUGUACAAUCUGAUCCUCAGCUUCAUCUUUACAAAUUCUAUAGAGAGACUAUGCAUGGUGCCUAUAAUGGAAAUAAAACUCCUCUUCCAGAUCUUGGAAAUCAUUUUCUUCCAUCUCCUUGGAAUGGAAACAGAACCAAUAAUAAAUUAAAUAAAUCAUCGUCAUCUUCUUCUUCAAAUAGUAAUAAGAGUACUGAAACAAAAAAUAAUUUUGAAAAAGACCAAGAUGGAUUUAUUAUUCUUCCAAAGUUUGAUCCUCCCUCAGAAAAUCUAAGUGAAUAUGAUCUGGCAAAUAUGCCUGACAAAUCUCAUAUCUUUCCUUUCAUUUUAGAUAGCUUCUAA